ACUAUGGCAUCAGUGUGCACAGCUUCUCGAGUGUUGGCUAAAAGGGUUUUAUCAUCAAAAACCCUUCCAGCCGCAGCCCAAACUACCUCCCGAAACUUCCACUUUUCUAUCUACGGCAAAAGGGAUAAUGCCAAAGUUUCAGAUGAGAUCUCAACACAGUAUCCUGUGGUAGACCAUGAAUUUGAUGCUGUUGUGGUUGGGGCAGGAGGAGCAGGCCUGCGUGCUGCCUUUGGACUCUCAGAGGCUGGUUUCAACACAGCCUGUGUCACAAAACUUUUCCCUACCAGGUCCCACACAGUGGCAGCUCAGGGCGGGAUCAAUGCUGCGCUGGGGAACAUGGAGGGUGAUGAUUGGCGUUGGCACUUUUAUGACACGGUUAAAGGAUCUGAUUGGCUGGGAGAUCAGGAUGCCAUCCAUUACAUGACAGAGCAGGCUCCAGCUGCAGUAGUGGAGCUGGAGAACUUUGGAAUGCCUUUCAGUCGUACAGAGGAAGGAAAGAUUUAUCAGAGGGCUUUUGGAGGACAGAGCUUGAAGUUUGGGAAGGGAGGACAGGCCCAUAGGUGCUGCUGUGUGGCUGACAGAACUGGACACUCCCUCCUUCACACACUGUAUGGACGGUCUUUGAGGUAUGACACCAGCUACUUUGUGGAGUACUUUGCUCUGGAUCUCUUGAUGGAAGAUGGAGAGUGUCGUGGAGUCAUUGCACUUUGCAUGGAGGAUGGCUCCAUUCACCGCUUCAGAGCCAAGAAUACUGUCAUUGCCACAGGAGGCUAUGGACGUGCAUACUUCAGCUGCACUUCUGCUCAUACAAGCACAGGAGAUGGCACUGCCAUGGUGACACGAGCUGGACUUCCCUGCCAGGACUUGGAAUUUGUACAGUUCCACCCAACUGGUAUUUAUGGUGCUGGCUGCCUCAUUACGGAGGGUUGCCGUGGUGAGGGAGGAAUCCUCAUCAACAGUGAAGGGGAGCGAUUUAUGGAGCGCUAUGCUCCUAAUGCUAAAGAUCUGGCUUCCAGAGAUGUGGUGUCCCGUGCCAUGACUAUUGAGAUCCGGGAGGGAAGAGGUGUAGGCCCAGAGAAGGAUCACGUCUACCUGCAGCUACACCACCUGCCCCCUCAGCAACUGGCUACUCGUCUACCUGGCAUUUCUGAAACCGCCAUGAUCUUUGCUGGCGUUGAUGUUACCAAAGAGCCCAUUCCAGUCUUGCCCACUGUUCACUACAACAUGGGUGGCAUCCCCACUAACUACAAGGGACAGGUCAUUACAUAUGAAGAAGGUGAGGGUGAUAAGGUUGUCCCUGGUCUGUAUGCCUGUGGUGAGGCAGCUUGUGCCUCCGUCCACGGCGCUAACCGUCUGGGUGCCAACUCUCUACUGGACCUGGUAGUGUUUGGCCGUGCCUGCGCUCUCACUAUUGCCGAGACAUGCACACCAGGAGAGAAACUUGCACCCCUCAAGCCUAACGCUGGAGAGGAGUCAGUGGCCAACCUGGACAAAUUAAGAUUUGCCAGUGGAGGCACCAGAACAUCUGAGAUCAGACUUAACAUGCAAAAGACCAUGCAGAAUCAUGCUGCAGUGUUCCGUACAGGCUCUGUCCUUAAGGAGGGAUGUGAUAAGAUGGAUAAUAUCUAUGACAGCAUGAAGGAUCUCAAAACCUUUGACAGAGGUAUUGUAUGGAACACAGACUUAGUGGAGUCUCUGGAGCUGCAGAACCUGAUGCUAAAUGCUGUCCAGACCAUCUACUCGGCCGAGGCCCGCAAAGAGAGCCGAGGAGCUCAUGCCAGGGAGGACUUCAAGGACCGAGUUGAUGAGUUUGACUACUCCAAACCUCUUGAAGGCCAGGAGAAGAAGCCCUAUGAUCAGCACUGGAGGAAACACACACUCUCAUAUGUGGACAAAGAGACUGGCAAGGUUACACUGGAAUACCGACCUGUCAUUGACAGCUCGUUGAAUGAGGAGGAGUGUGCUUCAAUUCCUCCUGCCAUCCGCUCCUAUUAA